AUGGCGUUCAAGAUCAAGAACGGCACAUCUUUCUUGUUCGUCAUCCUCAGCUUUGGUAUAUUUUCAUCGACAAGAAGCACAAAGGGGGGACACUGGGUGGAGGUGCAACGCAGCAUAGGCAUCUCCGCCAUGCACAUGCAGGUAAUGUUCGACAACAAGGUGGUGAUCUUCGACCGCACGGACUUCGGCCCCUCCAACAUCUCCCUCUCGAACGGUCGCUGCCGCUACAACCCGCGCGACAUGGCCCUAAAACUGGACUGCACCGCGCACUCGGUGCUCUACGACCCCGCCGCCAACACCCUCCGGCCCCUCACGCUCCACACCGACGCCUGGUGCUCCUCCGGCGCCCUCACCCCCGACGGCACGCUCCUCCAGACCGGAGGCUUCAACGACGGCUACACCCGCCUCCGCUCCUUCACCCCCUGCCCCCACCACGACACCUGCGACUGGCGCGAACACACCUCCCACAACCUCUCGACCAGCCGGUGGUACGCCUCCAACCAGAUCCUCCCCGACGGCAAAAUCAUCAUCGUGGGUGGCCGCAACUCCUUCACCUACGAGUUCAUCCCCAAGGCCAAAACCGACAAGCCCUUCUACUUUCUCCCCUUCCUGAAACUCACCCGCGACCCCAUCCGCGGCGAGGAGAACAAUCUUUACCCCUUCUUGCACCUCCUCCCCGACGCCAACCUCUUCAUCUUCGCCAACCGCAACUCCAUCCUCUUCGACUACACCCGCAACAAAGUCCUCAGAACCUUCCCUCUCCUCCCCGGACGAGAAAAGCGGAACUACCCCAGCACCGCCUCCUCCGUUCUCCUCCCGUUAAACCUAACGGCCCUUAACGGAACGCGUUUACCGGUUGCAGAAAUCAUGAUCUGCGGCGGGGCUUACCCCGGUGCUUUCACCUUGGCCAACAAGCUCAAAAUAUUUCUAGAAGCUUCCAGAACGUGCGGGAGGCUGAGAGUGUUCGACGCUAACCCUAAAUGGGUCAUGGAGAACAUGCCCAUGCCACGUGUCAUGCCGGAUAUGAUUUUGCUUCCGACUGGGAAUGUUGUUAUUUUAAACGGUGCCAUGAAUGGGACCGCAGGCUGGGAGAAUGCGGUGAACCCGGUUUUCUAUCCGGUUUUGUAUAAACCCGGUUUGAGGAGCUUCGAGAUGCUGUCUCCGGCGAGUACUCCGCGGAUGUAUCAUUCGUCUUCUGUGCUUCUGCCAGAUGGCAGGAUUUUAGUGGGUGGGAGCAACCCUCACAGGUUGUAUCACUUUCGCGCGUAUUACCCUACCGAGUUGAGUUUGGACGCGUAUUGCCCGGAGUAUUUGGGGGCGGAGGCGGAGGCGUGGCGGCCAUCCAUUGUGGCAGUGAACGAUACGGCGCCGUAUGGGAGGGUUUUUGCGGUGACGUUUUCGUUGAGGGAGUGGCUGGGAGGGGUGGCUGUGACGCUUGUGGCGCCGUCGUUCACGACGCACUCGUUUGCGAUGAACCAGAGGGUGGUGGUGCUGGAUGUGGUGGGGGUGAAGGAGGUGGCGGAGUUUGGGUACCGGGUGGUGGCGCGUGGGCCGCCCUCGCUGGCGGUGGCGCCGCCUGGGUACUAUAUGCUUUUUAUUGUGCAUGCGGGAGUUCCCAGCGCUGCGGUGUGGGUUCAGGUGAAGUGAGGUUUGGAAUGAUUCAGUCGUUCAUGCAUGUGGAUA